AUGGCGCAGCUACCAAACUUUUCGAGGAAGACCUCCGGGUCGUCCGCCUCGCUCAAGACGCUCUGUGACGCCUCCUCGGCGCAGCAGUCCUGGGGCGACUCGGAGAAGGGUCUGUCAGAGCUCGAGGACGAAAUACGGGCUAUCAAGCAGGCGGAGCGGGCGUCGACGUCGACGGGCUCCUCGCUGUCCGACUGGACCACGCUUCUGGGCGGGUUCUUGUCCCUGGUGGCGACGGGGGGCAUAGGCAACGCCACGGGCCUUGUGCAGACGUAUUGGGAGAACAACCAGCUGAGGGAUUUCUCGUCCCGCGACAUUGGAUGGAUUGCUGGCACAAACAUCUGUCUGUCGCUCUUCCUGCCCGUGCUGUCUGGGCCGGUUUACGACCGGUACGGGCCGCUGUGGUUGAUGGUUGGGGGGAGUGCGUCGUUUGUGGUGGGUGUCUUUGUCAUGAGUUUUCUCAACAGCCCGGAGCUGCCCCAGAUGACCUACGGGCUGCUUCUCCUUACCUGGGGCAUCAUGGGCGGGGCGGGCAAUGGGCUCGUAGCUACGGCUGUUUCGGGAGCUGUCUGCCAGCGGUUUGAUAAGAGGAGGGGGCUGGCGAAUGGGAUUGCUUCUGGCGGCAACUCCGUUGGAGGUGUGGUGUGGCCGAUGAUGCUCCGGGAAACACUGAACCGCUGGGGAUGGCAGUGGGCUGUCAGGCUGGUGGGAGGAAUCGCAUUGGUGUUGGUUGCUCUGGGCUGUGUCUUGGUCAGACCGCCGCCCCAGAUGGUGGUAACAGCCAAAAGGGAGGCGGAAAUCAAGAAAGCGGAGGGGAGGAAAGAGGCAAAGGCAAAGGUCUUGAAGAGAUGCGUCGUUGAGGGCGCCGAGUGUUUCAAGAAGGCCGACUUUGUCUGGAUGACGACAAGUCUCGCCAUCUUCCAGUUUACCGUGAUGGGCGUGGCUGGAACUCUCCCAUCAUGGGGGGAAGGCCAAGGCUUUGACCAGACAUCCCUAUUCAACCUCGUGGCAGUGAUGAAUGCCGCGGCAGCAGUUGGGCGAAUAGCAGUUGGUGCUCUCUCCGACACCAUUGGCCGCUUUAACACAUGUGUGUCCAUCAUGACACUCUCAGUUGUUGUCAUGUUUGGAUUGUUCUUCAACGUGGGUGGUAUGAUAUGGAAGUUUUAUGUUUUCGCGGCAUUCUGGGGCUUUGUUUAUGGCGCGGUCCUCAUGAUGAUAUCGGUGCUGGUUCGAGAGCAGUGCAAUCACGAAGAGUUUGGGCGGUAUCUCAGCGCCUGUCAUGUUGCUCUGAGCAUUGCUGGUCUGGUGUGCGUGCCUCUCAGUGCUCAGAUGCUGGCCUCUUUCGGCCCUCAGAUGGACGUUGUAUUUUUCGGAAGUCUCUGCACCGUUAGUUUGCUUUUCAUGAUACUCACCAGAUGGGCCUUCCUGGAUUACAAGUGGAGCUGGACCUCGAAAGUUUAG